AAUGUCUUGUAACUCCGAAGAAGAAGACGGCCCGAAGCUGCCGAGCGGCCUGGCACAUCAUCCCUCCUGUUUUUGCUUUACCACCUUUGUUGAAAAGGCCACCGCUCUCAUCUGAACCUCAUCUGCAUCCCAUAGAAAACGUACUCUCCAACCGGUUAGGGAAAAUGCGACCACUUUCAGUGUUCACAAAGCCCUUUUCCUCCAAAGACAAGCACCCCCAUGCCAAUCCUAUCACUGAUGGCCUUGACGACGCUACUGGAAAGAAAUCAAAGAAACACCGCAGAUUGUCGAAGAUACUCCAUAUUGGACACAAGAGCAAGUCAAAACACGAACGAAAGCCUUCCACCGACUCUACCGAAAAGGAGCAAAUCUCUUCAAUCACAACAGAUCUUUUAGAGGUUGAAAUUGAGCACCGUAAUUCGAGAGAAUACAUAUGGGCAGAACAAGUUAGACGUCUAAGUAGUGACAUAUCUGAACGAACUAGCUCAGAUGGCCUCGUCAGAAGCAGUUUGUCAGACGGGGAUACGACCUUGGUAUCAUCUCCGAGCAAAGGCCAUUCCUACCGUCAAUCGGGCCCUUCUGAUUUGUCUUUUGCGGAUUUGAAAAUGGAAGAACACGAAGUGGACGUCUCUGGAACCUCUACCCCUACGUACCUUCGCCGUCGCUCUUCUUCCAUUUACACAAACGGGUCUACUCGCACACAUGUGGAUGAUCCGGAUGAAGAAUUUGUUCCACUCCCAAAAGAGCCAUUGGACUUGAGCAAAGGACCUCAACUCAAGUUGGAUUUGUGGGAGACCUACACUCCUCGUUCGUCAUCCACGGAACCGACCAGUUAUCCAUUUGGUUUUGACACUAACAGACUCUCACCUACCACACCCCGUUCCCCAUCCCUCCGAUCCGAUCUCUCUGAUGCGAUACUGGAAUCUCCGAACUCAGCUAUAGAAAAGCUGGCAGCGUUGAUGGGUUCCAUAGCUGACGAAGCAUAUCUAGGCAUGCCCGAUGCCAAGAGGACGUCAUAUACCCGUUCCUCCCCAGACGCCAACCAAUUCACCAUGAGCAGGUCAAUCGAUUUGCCCACUGCUGCCGAGCGCCACCAAAGCAAAAGCAAAUUGGAUUUGGGCAGACGAAGAGCUUCCCGCCGACGUGUCGACCUUAAUGACGACACAGCAUGUAAAGAGUAUGAAAGGAUGCUGUCAAAGUUUGAACGGCAUUUUUCACAAAUGCAAAUGGUUUAGAGAAUAGUUGUAAUGGGUUUUGGGAUACUAGCACGUCAUUUUUUUUGGUCAAAAGUGUAUUAUAUGCAAGCGUUUUGGAUUUCAUGCAAAUAUCAAUUGUCGCGUUUUUUGAUUCUCUUAUCUAAUA